AUGACAUCUGAUGCACCAGCUGCAGAUAUGUGUCAAUGCGCGAAGGCAAAGGGUGACCAUACGAUCGAAGGCGAGCUUGGUGCAACAGUAAUCUGUCCUGAUUGCCAUCUUGAGGAGUCAACGUUCCCGGAGCCCGACAAUGCCGAACAGCCAGGCCUGAUCAGUGAAAAGGACGUUUAUGUCGCUUUCACAGGCUCGCCCGCAUUGUUAAAAGUCGCAGAGAAACAUCCGAAUGAUCAGUCGAUCAGAAAGGCAGUGAGAAAGCGAGAGAAAAGCCAUCGGGGAGUCAAAGACCUGGUCAACAAAUACGGCAUUUUAAGCGUAGUAGCCACUAUCAGGGUCUUGCUGGAUGAUCGAGUUUUCAAGUGCACCGAUGUAGCAAGGCGCCGAUUUCCCGACCUCUUUCCAGAAGAGCAGGUAUCGAACUGUGAAGAGGGGCAAGGGACAGCAACUGGACAUCUGUCUACAAAAGAUAUGGAGCUUCUUGAUGGUGAGCAUAACCAAUUAAACGAGGAAACUAGCGACUCUGGAGCAGGCGUAUUGCCAAACAGCCGACCUGGCCAGACUCUCCGGGAUUGUCGCCUUCUCCCCAGGCCACGACAGAGACUCAUGUUGCAGCUACAGUUAAUACUAGAGCACGCAUGUUUCUCGUUUGGACAACGAGAAAUGCAACAAACACUGGACGAAUGGGACCAUAGCUGCGCCGAGGCAAUUUCGUUACAAACCUGGAUAGACUUUUUUCGGAACAAUAAAACAUUCGAGACCGAGGGUAAUGCUAAGUCGCUCCCGAACCUGCUUAGCUCAGUAGGCAGGAUUCACAAUGUCAUCAUUCAUCGACUCGACCUUAACUUCUUGCAAGUCAACCAGCUUUUACUGAAUGCUGAAGAGUUUAUACGGCUUCUCGAUACUCCACUAUAUCUGGAAGCUGUGAAGCCGCUUAGACAGCGUAUUGAAGAAGUACUCCUUAUGGCGAAUCGAGAUGCUGCCUCUAUUCACAACGAAGCUGAUGGGAAGAUUGCCGGCAUUGAGGCUCAGAUAGAAAGGCUAAAACGGGAGGAGGACGGCAUCAAACAGCAUCGGGAUGAGAACCUGGACAACGUUAGAACUUCUAUCGAGCGUGACAUAUUUGCAGCUAUGGGAGAAGCUAAAGAUGCUUUGCCAGAUAUUGGACUAGCAGAGAACCGUUGA